AUGCAAAGUCCCGUGUGUCUCGGUGAGGGGAAGGUGCCUGCCAGCCUGAUGGACUGCCUGAUGGACUGCCUGAUGGACUGCCUGAUCGAUUGCUAUACAUGCGGAUAUGGGCGGCAAUCCGCUGUUCUGACUCUCCUCACGGAAAUAAGAGCUGACUUUGAGCUGCGCAAUCCUAUAUUUCAAGCUCUUCCGAUGCUUUUCGGGUUUUCGUGUUCUCCAGUUUUAUCAAGUGCUCCUCCGGAUGGGGGGUCCAGCCAAGACCAGCCGAAAGGGGCCGCUACCAACGGAGACUCGACCAGAGCAGAGGUUUACCACUCGGAUUCUGAAAGUGAUGUAUUAAGUGACGAAUCACAGGAGCAAGGGCAUGAUGUCACAAGUCUGUUCAUCAGCUCUACCAUUUCACGGGACGAUACUUUGAGUCAAGCCAAGCAAGAACGCGGAAUCUUAUCGCACCUUAAGGAUCACUUGAACUCCGGAAACCUGGAACUCAAUAGUUCUAGAGACUUACUUCGUCCCCCGCCACCACCAUCAGCAUCACCUAUCAACUGGAUACCAUCGCCGACGAUCCAUCCUCAACUUUUUCCGCCUCCAGACCGUCCUCUGCGUCCAAAUUUUAGAUUAGGUCCCCGUUAUCCAAAUUCCAAAGCAUCGAAGAACUCAAAAUGGCGGAGGAAGCUACCAGCUCAACGGACGAGAUCUUCUGCCGCAAUCUCAAAGGAAACAAAUGUGGAGAGUAGAGAGCACACGAGAGUCGAUACAAGUCUCCACAGCAACGAUAAUGGAACGGUGGUUGAUUCUCGGACCCUUGAAGAAGAAAAAAAUCCGACCAAGAUUCAAGAGGUCUCUACCUUCGUAUCAUACCUUCUCGACACAAUGCAGAUGUUGGAGAGACAACUGCGGUUCCGUGCUGCCGACAGCUCCGGUAGUGAUUCUGAUAGUGACUCACAAGACGAAAAAGUAGCUGUUGGCCCGCCUCCCAGGUUUCAGACUGUUCAUCGAGUUUUCUGUACAGCCAGAUUUCAUGACCACGACGGCACCCUGUAUGAAGAUGAACCAGUGACUCGAAAGAUCAGGUUUCCUGGUGAUAAUGGAUGGCUUGAGGCUCAAAAAGAAAUCAUCAAUCUCGACACAUGGUUAAACAAACGGCCAUCGCUCUGCUUCAUUGUCAUUAAGGAGCACCGCUGCGCUCAAGAUCAGAGGGCCGAUACCCAAAGACACAGAAUACGGAACUAUAUUGGUCUUCCCUCGGGAAGACUGGAGAGACUUAAAGUUGUGUCACCCGUCCUCCAGAAAGCCUUGAAGCAAGUUGCGAAGUUUCAAGUUUACCGUAAAAGCGAGCAGGACGACUUUGCUACAGAAAUGGAAGCCCCGUAUCUAUUUUUGUUCCAUCAUAGGAAGAAACUUGCCGCACUCGCAGAGACCGAAACAUAUCAAGAGGUUAUCUUGCCUCUGAUGAAGUUCCUCAAGGAAAGCUACGAGGCUGAAUACACGGAGGCUGAGGAGAUGUUUCUCCAGGGACAGAUAAACGCUUACCACAUCCACAAGUUGUUCAAACCGAACCAAAUGCUUCUUAUCAAGAAAAAGGGAGAGCCACAAGUUGCCUUUGUGUUGGAAGAUUACAGCAUGAUGGCGCAAGAAGAGAUUUCCCUCCACGGCUGGAGUUGGCACUACAAUGGGAAUGACUUACAUCGAGUCCCAAAAUCCGGGCGCAUUGGCUUUGUACCCGAGGAGAAGAUGAAUAUCUGCGACCUUGUCGUCCACCCAAUCGAGUUCGCUAGAGAAGAAGACAUCAAAACAUUGACCCAACGAGGAAAUAAGUUUUGGAGCAUGAGAGGCCAAGUGUACAUUUGCUACACAGGAUGGGACAAGGCUUCAAGACAUCAAUACGCCUCUGCAAGGUUUAUGGUAGACACGGCCACGUAUCAAAUGAUGCAUGGCCAUUCGAUGUCCUCGUCAUCCGAGCCACCGCCUAAGUAUGAUCCGUGGCCCAUGAGGGUAAAUCGCCGAGAGGACUUACCACCAAAAACUGAAAUGCUACUGCCAGCUACUGUGCAAGGCUUUAAUCUCCAAAAGAAGAAAUGGGUCAACCUGUAUGUCGAGAAUACUCAUGGAGUCAAUUGGAACUACAAGGCGUUUGAUCGUCUCGUGUUGGACGUCAAGACGAAGGAAAUGAUCCAUGCACUCGUUGACGUUCAGACUUCGGCAAAGAAAAUGGACGACAUCAUCACUGGGAAGGGCAACGGGCUCAUUAUACUACUUCAUGGCAGUCCAGGAACUGGCAAGACAUUGACGGCAGAAAGCGUUGCCGAAAUCGCAGAGAAGCCGUUAUACCGAGUCACCUGCGGAGAUAUAGGUACUGAGGCGCGUGAUGUGGAGAAAUAUCUUGAGACGGUGAUGUACUUGGGGAAGACCUGGGACUGCGUGCUUUUGCUGGAUGAAGCAGACGUCUUCUUGGAAGAGAGAACCAUGGCAGACCUGCAGCGAAACAGUCUGGUAUCGGUUUUCUUACGGCUCCUUGAAUAUUACGAGGGCAUCCUCAUCUUAACGUCCAAUCGCGUUGGAACCUUUGACGAGGCAUUCAAAUCUCGCAUCCAGGUGGCGAUUCACUACGACAAUUUGACCACGAUGUCACGCAAGACAAUUUGGCAGAAUUUCUUCGACAUGAUUGAAGAGUCAGCUGAUGAAGAUGCCAACAUGCCGGAACUAGAAAGUAGGCUUGAACAGUUGGCUAAAGAAGAUAUGAACGGGAGACAAAUCCGGAAUGCGCUGCUCACUGCGCGACAACUUGCAAAGCAUCGCAAGGAACGAUUGGGCUGGGAACAUCUCAGCCAAGUUAUCAAGACUUCUACUGCUUUCAACAAGUACCUAAAGGCACGAUGCGUCUUAUUCUAUGGCUGCAUAAAUGUUGUGAUUGAUAAGGAAAGACUUGAGCUGGCAAUGAACAUCCGGAAUGCCGAAUACCUCCUACGGGUGGCUAAGCAGGGAGAAGGAAAAAAGCAAGUACAGAAGCAGCAUAUUCUAGCACAUACCAUUCCACUUCCAAGGCCAAACGACAAACAUUAUCUGCAUCUUCAUCGCCGGCCCGAUAGUGCAUAUAAAACCACAACCGAUGCCUCCUACGAGAGGGACGAAUGA